UCCUGUAUUUUUUACUUCCCAACCCUUUGUCUUCUCUUCUAUAAAAAAUAUAACCUUCCACGGCUGACUCCGACCUUCCGGCGACUUAUUUUCCGGCGAGUUUGAAAACUCCGACGAAUUCACUUUACAAGCUUUAUUGGAGCUUUUCUAUUCCCAUUUUAUAAAAAUAUCUCUUUAUUUAAAUUCUACUCCAAUAUUCUCAUUUGCUGUUUAUUUUUUUCUUAAUGGAGAAAGCUGAAGAGAACAGAGGAAAUAGGUGUUUUUCGAGGGAUUUAUUGCAUAAAGUUAUCAAUGGAAAAAGGAAUUAUGAAUUUGAUGAAAAUGUGGGGGGUGAAGAUGAAAUAGAGCUAAGUUUGGGACUUUCAUUGAACGGUAGAUUUGGGGUGGACCCAAAAAGAGAAAAGAGGCUUAAACGUUCUUGUUCCUCGAUAACUAAUUUUGUGUUUUCUUCUGGUGAUUAUAAUAAUAAUAAUAAUAAUAAUAAUAAUAAUAAUAAUAAUAAUAAUAAUAAUAAUAGUAAUGGAAAUGAAAUUCAAUUUCGUGAUGACAUUUACGCACCACUUAAUAGGACGUGUUCUUUGCCUACGGAAACAGAGGAGGAGUGGAGAAAAAGGAAGGAGUUGCAGUCCUUUAGGUGUUUGGAGGCAAAGAGGAAAAGAUUGGAGAAAAUGAAGAAUGCUGUUAGAGUUGUUGUAAAGGAAAAUGAAGAAAAUGGGAACUGUUAUAGUAAGGGUGAAACUGGUGGUACUUUUUUGCAGUCUUCAGUGGGGUCGUUGGGAUCACAGGGAAGUGGUUCUGGUUCGUCAGGUAUUUCUGAAUUUGAGAGUCAUCAACCUAUUCAAGGGCGGAGUGAUAGUACUGAAGCAAGACCUCCAGCCAGUGGCCAAUCUCCAGAGCACGAACAGAAAUCGGUCGCAAUAGCACCUGAAACUAGUAAUGAGAAAACACGAGUCUCGUUCAGAAAAACUUGCAAGGAAGCUAAAGAAAUGUUCAAAAACUUCAUGCUGAAAAUGCCUUGUGUUUCCACAAGAGGUGAUGGACCAAAUGGGAAGAAAAUUGAAGGAUUCUUGUACGGAUAUAAGAAGGGAGAGGAAGUCCGGAUAGUUUGUGUUUGUCAUGGUGACUUUCUAUCCCCAGCUGAGUUUGUUAAACAUGCUGGUGGAGGUGAUGUACAACACCCUUUGAAGCAUAUUGUUGUUAAUCCUUCUCCUUUGUUGUAACAAUGGGCCUACGCCCAAAAAGGGAUUAGCUUUAUCAUUGUUAGUUUUCCUUUUGUUUUGUGAACUAAGUUCCUCAAUCAAGUUACAAAGGUUAAGCAGAUAUAUUUUGUGUA